UAAUGCCAUCCUAGAAUCUAUCCCUCAAAAGGUACAAGUAAAUUGCCGACUUGUCUUUUCUUUAUGUUCCUGAUCAAAUAUAAUAUUGCUUUUCUCAUUAAUAAGACAGUAGAGAUAUUUCUAGACUCGUUAUACUAGAGAAGAAAGACAGACUUCAAGAACCUCGUAAAGAUAAACAAGCCACAAUAUUGCAUAGAGUACUUCAUGAGACAGCUGAACAGAGACAAGGAAUCAGGCUCCAUGCUAAAGCCAAUUAGAAUAAAGAUAAGGAUACAAGAAAAUUCGAAUAGUCUUGAAGGAGAAUAUAGGUGUAAUUUUCUAAUUCUAUUUAAUAAUAGAUA